CGGGGCCGCGGGGGCCGCCGGGAGCCGCCGUGCGGUGAGUGCGGGCGGGGGGCACCGGGGCGGGGGGGCGGGGAACGGGGGGCUCCUCACGGGGUCUGGGUCCCACGCGUGUCCCCGCACCCCCAGGGCACCCCACGGGUGAGCUGUGGACGAACCGGGCCGCUCCCCCCCCGCCGCUUCCAUCGUCCCUGGCCGGGCUCCGGCCCCCCGCAGCCGGGGGGGUCCCGGGGGACACGGGGCAGGCCCCGACCACCCCGCCGGUGUGUCCCCCCCCCCCUUCUCCCUUAGCCGCAGGAGCCGAGCGGAUCCGGGGGGGCCGCCGGCCAGGAUGGAGGGACACGGGGAGGCCGAGGUGGAGGAGGAGGAAGAGGAGGAGGAGGAGGAGGAGGAGGAGGGGGUGCGGAUCACCCCCCAGCUGCUGAAGGCCAGCACCGGGGAGUUCGCCCUGGAGUCCAUCCUGCUGCUGAAGCUGCGGGGCCGCGGCAUCGCCCACCUGGGCUGCCUGGGCGACUGCGCCAACCUGGAGUGGCUGGACCUCUCCGGCAACGCCAUCGCCCAGCUGGGACCGCUGGCCGCCCUCAAGUCCCUCGCCGUCCUCAACCUCUCCCGCAACCGCGUCGCCAGCCUGGAGCCGCUCGGCUCCUGCCACAACCUCCAGAGCCUCAACGUCGCCGGUAACCUGGUGAGCAGCCUGCAGCAGCUGCGCUGCCUGACGGGGCUGCGGCGCCUGGAGAGCCUGCGCCUGCGAGACCCCCUCGCCCGCCUCGCCAACCCUCUCUGCGCCGCCCCGGCUUACCGCGCCGCCUUGGCGGACAUGUUCCCCGGCCUCAAAGCCAUCGACGGCGAGCGGGUGUCCGGUCGCGGCAGCGAGCUCUACCAGCUCUGCCGGGAUCUUGACAGCUCGCUGGGACGCGGCGGCGGCGCCGGUGCCGGUGCCGGUACCGGUACCGAACCGCCCCGCACGGCUCAGCCCUGGGUGGAGGCGAGUUUCUGGGAGCCGCGGCCGCCCCGGCGCAGCUCUAUUAUGGAGGAGGCCUACAAGCAGUUCGGGGAGGUGCUGCAGGAGUGCCGGGAGCUGAGCCGCCGUGCCGACGACACCAUCGCCCAGGCGGAGCGGGCGCUGAGCGGCCGACCCGACCCCAACUCCUUCGUCUUCUGAGCCACGAGACCCCCUGGUCCCACAAGAGGAGACCCCCACACACACGCCGCCGCCAUCCCGGCCCAGCCCUCGCCGGAGGGAUGCCAGAGGAGCCGCAGGGAACCCGGCCUCGCCUGCGGGCUGGGGGGCUGCCCGAGCCCCGCGCUGCGCCAGAGCAGCAUCCCACACGGCCAGGGGUGCUGGGGCUGGCGCUCCGGGUGCUCCAUCACCCCUCAGGGGCUCCAGGACGGGGAAUUGGGGCUCCCUGUCCCCUGCAGAGCCGCAGCAGGAACAGAGAUGUCCUUAGGGAUUUUGGAGCCAUCCCUGAGCUGUCCAGCCCAGAGGAGAGACUGUGGGGCUGGGGAGGCUGCACAUGGGGACUGGGGGACAUCGCGGGGACCAGGGGACGUCACAGGGCUGUGCAGUAAAGGCAUGCCAUCCUC